UGCUGGUUCGGCUCCCCAUGCGGCGUGUCGCUCGACAUCUCCUCGCCCUCCAGCAUCAAGCACCACCUACUCCACUUCCACACCGCGGACAUCGACAUGCACCAGGGACGCGCACGCACGCACUGCCAAUGGUGGUUGUCGAAUGGCGCGUGCGGGAAGGAGGUGUACUGCGAGGCGCUGCCCAAGCACAUCGCGGUCGUGCAUCUGAAGAGCUCUGGUGUCGUGUGCCCGCGGUGCGAUCGCACGCUGUCGAGGGUGGACGCGCUGUCGUGUCAUCUCGCUCUCUAUUGCCGGGGC